AUGGCCCGGGCGGCCGGGGCGAUCGCGCUGCUGGCGGGGGCGCUGCUGCCGGUGGCGAAGGCCCAGGGCUUCUUCUCCGACAACCGCUGCAACGAGGAGAACGGGACAGGCUGCGCCCAGAGCUCCUCGCCAGCCCUGGAAGACAACGGCAGUGUCGUGGGCUUCGGCAUCGUCACGGCCAUCAUCAUCCUGGUCGUGGCCAACUUGGUGAUCUGCAUCGCGCGCUGCUUGCUAGCUCCCGCGCAAUCCCAGACCGCCGCCGCGAGGCGCCGGUCCUCAGCGCGCGAACUACCCCCCGUCCGGAGGAUCUACUCCCUGAAGCCGGUGUACGUCAUGAACCCCGGCGGCAGCCUGAGGAUCGGCAAGCAGGAGUCGAAGAACAAGGGCGGGGCGGGGAGGGGGGGCGGGGCGAGCGUGGCGGACCUAGCCGAGCGCGGCAUGGCGCAGGGCCCGCCGGAGGCGUCCGGGGAGCAUCAUGGGGCCGCGGAGGGAAGCAGGGAGGACGCCGCCGAGGAAGUGUGA